AUGUGGUCAAUAUUUCGUUAUUAUCUAUAUAUUUUAUUUUAUUUUUUAACUUUCUACAUAAUAAUUCAUACAAGAUCAAUAAAUGAAAACAAUACUAUUGAAUUAAUUGCUAAUAAUCAAGAACUUUUAAUAAAAUUUACAAAAUAUCGUCAUCGUUUUGAACAUUCAAUAAAUUUGAAAAAAAUUCAUUGGAUAUUUAAACAUCGAUAUAAUAAAACUUAUUGUGAAUUUUGUAAUUUAGUUGUACCAGUAGUUCGAUUACUUAUUGAAGCAAAUCAAACUAUACAUAUAGAAAAUGUUGUUAAUGGAUUUUGUAAAGAAUUUAAAUUAAUUGAUAUCAAUGUUUGUAUUGGUGCUGUUCAUGAAUAUAAAGAUGCAGUAAUUGAAUAUUUAAUUGUUAUGAACGAUUUGAUUACCCUAUAUUAA